CUUAAAAUCAAACUAGUUAACUCUAUAGCACUUAUUAUUUUUCCCAGGCAGUAAUACGAUCUUUAUUUUUUAUUUAGCUCCUCUUUUGUUUUUUAAACAAAAAAUGUUUCCGUGGUUGAAAAGUUUCAUUUGUUUAUUUAUUUUAUUAAAUGUUGUUUCGAAUGUUUUAUCAAUAAAAUGUUGGAACUGCAGAUCAAAUAAUGAUCCAAAAUGUGCUGAUCCCUUCGAUAAUAGUACUGUUCCGAUAACUGAUUGUGUACAAGAAAAAGGAUUGGCACAUUUACCGGGCUUACGACCAAGCAUGUGCCGAAAAAUAAGACAAAAAGUAAAUGGAGAAUGGCGUUACUUCAGAGACUGUGCUUAUUUAGGUGAAGUUGGGAUCCAAGGAGAUGAGAGAUUUUGUUUAAUGAGGACGGGAACUUACAAUAUAUUUAUUGAAUACUGUACAUGCAAUAGCAAAGAUGGCUGUAAUACAUCAUCAUUGAUAAGUCCGUUACCGUUGUUAACUUUUCUAUCAUUAAUAUGUAUUUAUUUUAGAAGUUCAUGAUUAUCGUUAAUUUUGAAUACAGAUUAAUGUUACAUGAUCAUUGUAAUGCCACUUUUUAAUUAUUUUUUUUAGUGUUACCAUAAUUUCUUUACAAAGCUAAAUCAAACAAACAUUUUUUGUAAAUUUUAGAGUAAUUGGGCAGGAUUUAUUAUUUAAUUUUGAAUUAAUACAAUCUUUUUUUAUAUCUUCGUCACUAUUAUAGUGGUAUUGUUUUAUCCAAUUAUCCAACACAAGAUAUGUUUUACUUAUCCAAUCUAAAGUUCUUUUAAAAUGUGAAUCUC